AAGACAAACAGAAGCACUUGAGUCACACCGUGUCAUAGAGAGGCCUUCCGGACUCGAGGUCUAGCAGUCUGCUCCCUCAGCAUCAUACCUUUGCUCUUUGGCAGUGGAGGAGGGUGGGUGAGCACUGCUGACCAGCUGCUAGGUGGCAUCCCGCCUCCAGCCUGCCAGGGCUGCAGAACAGGUUCCUGUGCUAGUUUGGGGAAGACUCUGGCAGCCACCCUCCCACCCAGCAGCUCCUCCCAGGGGUGGGGCUAGGACAGCACACACCCUUGUGGGGCCUCACCUGAGCCUAGUCUUGAGGCUUGGACUCUGCAAGGACCCAGUGGGCGCCUGACUCUGGGACGGCACAGUUGGGAAUGACCCCUGUUCUCUCCACUUUCUGUGUCUGAGAUGUGCUUGGAGCGUCAGAGGAGGCAUUGGCUGAACAAAUGCUCCUUCUGGCUCUGGUGGGGAGGUCACUGCCUGGACAGGUGGGAGAGGACCAGGCCGGGCUGCCCAGUGGACUGAGGCCUGGCUGAAGAGGGGAAGGAACCGGAACAGGGCCUUCGUCGCCCCUUUUCCCAGCUUGACCGCAGGAGCUCGGCUGGAUCACAGCCCCCAUCCCCCCGUGGCAGAUGCCUUUGUGCAGUUCACACAUUACACCACAUGCAGCAGGGCCUUAGAGGCCCCUCCGUGGUCCUUGUGCUGACGUCUGGGGCAUUGUGGGAGGCUGUGGCUGACACUGUUGCUCUGCUUCUGUCUGCAGGCUCCAGGACCCCGCGGAGCAUCAUGAACUGGGAAGCGUAGACAAGCUCACGAGUGUCUCCGUGAAGAGAGAGGAACCGCCAUCAGUCCUUUCUCCCGGUGCCUGACCACAUCACCCAGCACUUCUUCCUGCCCCUGUUCAGCUCCCACGGCUCCCGGACCAGGGGGCUCCCAGCAGGACCUUCCCCUAGGGGAUGGGCAACUGGUAAAGUUAGGUCUCAUCCCCCCGGGCCGGCCCAGUUGGCCACACCAUGAACCUCCAGGCCCAGCCCAGGGGUCAGAACAAGCGGAAGCGUUGCCUCUUUGGGGACCAGGAAGCAGCUGCCAAGGAGCAGCCCCCACCCCUGCAGGCCCCACCACAGCCCCCGGCCCCUCCACAGUCCACCCGAGUGAAGGAGGAGCCUUACUUCGGGCACGAGGGUCCCACAGGGGCUGCCCCUGCCUCCCAGCCGGUGGAGCUCUCCAACAGCCUGGCCCUGCUGAACUCCGUGGUGUAUGGGCCUGAGCGGACCUCCGCCGCCAUGCUGUCCCAGCAGAUGGGCUCGGGCUCCGUCAAGUGGCCCAACUCUGUGAUGGCUCCAGGGAGGGGCCCGGAGCGGGGCGGGGGCGGGGGUGUCAGCGACAGUGGCUGGCAGCAGCAGCCGGGCCAGCCUCCGCCCCACUCCACGUGGAACUGCCACAGCCUGCCCGUCUACAGUGGACCCAAAGGGAGCCCCCAUCCCGGCAUGGUCGCCGCCUACUAUAACCACCCCGAGGCACUGAAGCGGGAGAAGGGAGGGGGCCCGCAGCUGGACCGCUACGGAAACAGCGUGCGACCCAUGAUGCCACAGAAGGUACAGCAGGAGGUGGGGCGGCCCCAAGCGCCCUUGAACUCGUUCCAUGUGGCCAAAAAGCCCCCAAACCAAACGCUGCCCCUGCAACCUUUCCAGCUGGCGUUCGGCCACCAGGUGAACCGGCAGGUCUUCCGGCAGGGCCCCCCGCCCCCCAACCCGGUCGCCGCCUACCCGCUCCAGAAGCAGCAGCAGCAGCAGCAGCAGCAGGCGGCCCUGCCCCAGAUGCAGCUCUUUGAGAACUUCUAUCCCAUGCAGCAGCCGCCCUCUCAGCAGCCCCAGGACUUUGGCCUGCAGCCGGCCGGGCCACUGGGGCAGUCCCACCUGACUCACCACGGCAUGGUGCCCUACCCCUUCCCCCACAACCCUGAUAUGAACCCCGAACUGCGCAAGGCCCUCCUGCAGGAGUCAGCCCCGCAGUCCGUGCUACCUCAGGCCCAGAUCGCCUUCCCCCGCCGCUCCCGACGCCUCUCCAAGGAGGGCGUCCUGCCUUCCACCGCCCUGGAUGGGGCUGGUACCCAGCCUGGGCAGGAGCCUGCCACCAACCUGUUUCUACAUCACUGGCCCCCGCAGCAGCCGCCACCCGGCCCCCUGGGACAGCCUCAUCCGGAAGCUCUGGGAUUCCCGCUGGAGCUGAGGGAGUCGCAGUUGCUGUCUGACGGGGAGAGACUGGCACCCAAUGGUCGGGAGCGAGAGGCUCCCAUCAUGGGCAGCGAGGAGGGCAUGCGGGCAGUGGGCGCAGGGGACUGCGGGCAGGUGCUACGGGGUGGGGUGAUCCAGAGCACGAGAAGGAGGCGCCGGGCGUCCCAAGAGGCCAAUUUGCUGACCCUGGCCCAGAAGGCAGUGGAGCUGGCCUCACUGCAGAACACAAAGGAUGCCAACGGCUCUGAGGAGAAGCGGAAAAGUGUGUUGGCUUCAACUACCAAGUGCGGGGUGGAGUUUUCGGAGCCUUCCUUAGCCGCCAAGCGAGCGCGCGAGGACAGCGGGAUGCUGCCCCUCAUUAUCCCAGUGUCUGUGCCUGUGCGGACUGUGGACCCGUCGGAAGCGGCCCAGGCUGGAGGUGCUGACGAGGAUGGGAAGGGUCCUGAACACAACCCCGCCGAACACAAGCCGUCGGUCAUCGUCACCCGCAGGCGGUCCACCCGUGUCCCCGGGACUGAUGCCCCGGCUCAGGCUGAAGACAUGAACGUCAAGUUGGAGGGGGAGCCUUCGGUGCGGAAACCAAAGCAGCGGCCGAGGCCUGAGCCCCUGAUCAUCCCCACCAAGGCGGGCACUUUCAUCGCCCCUCCGGUCUACUCCAACAUCACCCCGUACCAGAGCCACCUGCGCUCUCCUGUCCGCCUGGCUGACCACCCCUCUGAGCGGAGCUUUGAGCUGCCCCCCUAUACACCACCUCCCAUCCUCAGCCCCGUGCGGGAAGGCUCCGGCCUCUAUUUCAAUGCCAUCAUGUCAACGAGCAGCAUCCCGGCCCCUCCUCCCAUCACACCAAAGAGUGCCCACCGCACCCUGCUCCGGUCUAAUAGUGCUGAAGUCACCCCACCUGUCCUCUCUGUGAUGGGGGAAGCCACCCCAGUGAGCAUCGAGCCACGGAUCAAUGUAGGCUCCCGGUUCCAAGCUGAAAUCCCCUCCAUGAGGGACCGUGCCCUGGCAGCUGCAGACCCCCACAAGGCCGACUUGGUGUGGCAGCCAUGGGAGGACCUAGAGAGCAGCCGGGAGAAGCAGAGGCAAGUGGAAGACCUGCUGACAGCUGCCUGCUCCAGCAUUUUCCCUGGAGCUGGCACCAACCAGGAGCUGGCCCUGCACUGCCUGCACGAGUCCAGGGGAGACAUCCUGGAAACGCUGAAUAAGCUGCUACUGAAGAAGCCCCUGAGGCCCCACAACCACCCACUGGCAACUUAUCACUACACAGGCUCUGACCAGUGGAAGAUGUCUGAGAGGAAGCUGUUCAACAAGGGCAUUGCCAUCUACAAGAAGGAUUUCUUCCUGGUGCAGAAGCUGAUCCAGACGAAGACUGUGGCCCAGUGUGUGGAGUUCUACUACACCUACAAGAAGCAGGUGAAAAUUGGCCGCAACGGGACGCUCACCUUUGGGGAUGUGGAUACGAGUGACGAAAAGUCAGUCCAGGAAGAGGUUGAAGUGGAUAUUAAGACUUCCCAGAAGUUCCCCAGGGUGCCUGCUCCCAGAAGAGAGUCCCCAAGUGAAGAGAGGCUGGAGCCCAAGAGGGAAGUAAAGGAGACGAGGAAGGAGGGGGAGGAGGAGGUGCCAGAGAUCCAAGAGAAGGGGGAGCAGGAAGAGGGGCGAGAGAGAAGCCGGCGGGCAGCGGCUGUCAAAGCCACACAGACACUACAGGCCAAUGAGUCGGCCAAUGACAUCCUCAUCCUCCGAAGCCAUGAGCCCAACGCCCCUGGGUCUGCUGGUGGCCAGGCCUCAGAGAAGCCAAGGGAGGGGCCAGGGAAGCCACGAAGGGCGCUGCCUUUUGCAGAGAAGAAGAAAAAAACAGAGACAUUUAAUAAGACCCAGAAUCAGGAGAACACUUUCCCUUGUAAAAAAUGUGGCAGGGUGUUCUACAAGGUGAAGAGCCGCAGCGCCCACAUGAAGAGCCACGCAGAGCAGGAGAAGAAGGCUGCAGCUCUGAGGCAGAGGGAGAAAGAGGCUGCGGCGGCUGCGGCCAAGGCCGCUGCCUGCCCCCUCCUGAAGGAAAGCGCUGGAGAGAGGAGCUGAGGACGCAAGGCUCCGCCUGGAGACCCAGGACUGGCCCUCUGCCUGGGCGGCCCGGCUCUCCCUGCACCAGCCUUGUCAAAGCGCCGCAGGCGCCCAGGAACUUACAGAGGGAUCGAGGAGAGAUCACGUGGACUUUUCUCCAGAAAAACAAAUAAGACAAUAAAAUAAACAGCUCUUUUAUUUAUAAAGGCCCCAGGAGCAGUGUUAAGGGCUGCAGGAUCCAGUUCUCUGUGCAUUCGGUCUGUCGGAAGUUGUCCUCAUGUUUUCCUGGAACUAUGAGCAUCCCUGCUUGCUGGGGCUGCCCUCUGGGAGGGGCUCCAGCCGUUGCCACUGGUGCCUCUCACACUGGUUCCCCUGCUGCUGCGCAGUCUCUUUGCUUCCUCUUCCCCCAGCUCCCCUUGGUCACCAUGGAGAGCAAAGCACAAGGUCACCCCCAUUGUAGCAUUAUUCCUCCGCUCCAGAGGACCUCAGAGGCCCUCCCCUGAGCGCUGGAAAAGGGGAGCUCACCCCUGCAAUCCGUGUCCAGGCCUAAGCUGGUCCAGCGCUCCUGUCCUCACAGAGGCCUCUCUCCCUUUGCUACUUGCUAGCAGCCUGCUGGGGCUGGAAAGUUUUCUCACAUGUUUGGGGAAAGGCCCAUGUUCCUGCCCAAGCUCUCAGCCUGCUGGAGGAAGAGGAACUGUGAGGAUGGGAGCUGCAGGGCUGGGCCUGAGGGCACUUUAGAUAAGCCUUGGCUCUUCCUGCUUCCCACCUUUUGUGCCAAAUACCUUUGGGCCCUAGAGACUGCUAAGGGAGCUUAGCCCAGGCCCAGCCUGCCCCUCCUUGGUGCAGGUUUCCUGCUUGCCUCUGUCCUGGCCUUGGCAGCUGCCACCUAACCCCACCCCACCUGGUCCAGCGCUGAUAUCCACAGCCCAGCCCCCAGUCCUGCGUGCUGGAGAUUUCUGGAUCCUUCCCUGGGAGGGGGAGGUCUCCUAACCAGAUUGGACAGGAGCCUUCAUUCCUUGACUUGUGUCAUUUGGGAGCUAUUUAUUUAUUCUUAAUAUUUAAUUUUUAACAUCCUCUCAGGGACCAGGGGCCGCCUGCUUUCCAGAGGCCCAAGUGCAUUUAUCCCAAAACAAGGCACCUUCUUGGCAUCCGCGCCACCCCCCUGUCCCCAAAACCCUACUGCCCCUCACCACAUUGCUCUGGAAGCUCUUGCCAAUAGGAAUGAUAGUGCCUGCUGAAAGAGGGUGGGAAGGUGGAAGGUGUCACACCUGGAGUAGCAGGAGCAAGAGGGUCAAAGGCAGUUCUUGUUGCUACCUCUUCUCUAGCUGUACUUGCAAAUUGCCUGAGAGGAUUGGCUGGAGGCCAGAAUUCUGGUUUGUUUCUGGCUUGAAGAAGCCAUAUUUGGCACGGAGUCACUAAUGAAAGGACUGGAAGAUUCUGGAGGCCCCUUCACUUGCCAGUCCCACAGGAGGGCUGAGUUAUUUUUCUGAUCUUGUCCCUCAACUGUCAUUAUUGUAUAAAAGUUCAACGUGAAUGCAAGUAAAGGCAGGCCAACAUGUUAGGAAGGAGCCAAAAAGCAUUCUGCUAACUCCUGAGGUAGCCGAAAGGCAUCGUGUUGGUAGCUGGGGGUAGGGAGAAAGGUUUUGUUUCUAAACUAUGCACUAUCAGGUAUUUUUCAGCAUUCAUGCAUUUAUGUGGUUCUACAAGAUCCCAGCUACAGGAGCAACAAAAUUCUCCCCCCAGGCUCCUGGACAACUACCUAGAUUUCCAACUUCCCAGUUAAUUUCCUCCAUGAGCUUCUACAAACUCAGUAUCCCAAGAUUGCAAACAUCUGGCAUACCCUCCAGAAAUAGGAAGGUAGCAAAUUUAGUCUCUUCUAAAUCACUUGUGUAAUAUGAGUGCCUUCGCAGCUUUGCCCCAAAGUGCUACUUACGUUUCCCAAGGUUUUUUCUAUUUAAAUUGUAUUUUGUUUCAGGCCUCUUUAUGGACAUGCUGUAACAAAUCUCCUUUGUCUAGAGUGAUUCUCCUUUUUCUAAACCCAUGGAGACAAGACCAGGUGAAUGUAGGCGGAGAAAAUAAAAAUGGUACCUCUCUGUAUUAAUCCCACCAGAACCGCGGCAUUUUAGAAGGAAGGGUUCGUGCUCCAGGAUAGAUUUAUAUCUAGAAUGCAUUGUGAAAGUUAACAUGCUUAGAGGGCAAAUGCAAUUGCUGCCCGUGACCUGCCAAUUAAGUAGGUGCAGCCAUAGGAGCUGGCGUAAGUAUACGUCCUUUAUGGUGCUUUCUCCCUGUGAACACCUUAGGCUCAUCUUUAGUUUUUCUUUUCUUUUUUUUUCUUCUACUCAGCGCUCUUUGCUUUAAGAAGUUAAAAAUGACAAACACCCCCAGCUUCAUAAUGCCCUCCCACACCGUCUCACAUAGCCGUCUCCCAGCCUCCAUCUGCACUCGGCAAGGGCAUGAAACUAACCUAGUGCCUGUAUUUCCAGACCAUUUCUGAGGUCUCUCACCCACCUGAGGACACAGUGCUUCGGAACUGUCCUCCAUGCCUUCAGCAGCCCCCUUCCCAGCGAAGGUACACACCCGUCCCUCCUGCCACCCCACCUCCACCCCUGGCACAGAGGUCGUGUGCUGCUUAUGUCUAAAGGGAUCCCCUAUACUUAACUGCCUCAGUGACCUAACCUCUUUCUUCUCAUGUGCCAGAGGUUAAAUUGAAGGAGGAAUACAACUUAUACUCAAGCCCGAACUGUUUAAAUAUGCUUUCACUGGGGCAGACUGUUCUUGGAUGGUAUUUAUUACCAGACUGGCCAAGCCUAUUAGGUUUACAGGAAGUAUGCAUACUUUUAUAAAACAGUUGUAUGUCCUCCACUAUUUUGCUGUGUUAAUCUUUGCCUCUGAUAAUUUGCAGCUGUUUCACCUUUUUCUCAUUUGUCUCUCAGUUGAAGGCCUUGUUGGAGGGAACAGCACAGGAACAGCCUUGACAGUCUGUAAUUAUUGUAUAAAUAUUUUAAUAGCAUAUAAAUAACUAUAUUCCUUUUAUUUUGAAAAAAAAUGAUCAGACACUGCCUUUUGUGUGUUUGCUGCCUGUGGCACCCUUUUUUAAAAAGACUGUUACAUAUUAAAAUAGUGUACAUAUAUAUAAAUAUUACCUCUUUUGCUGUACAGUUGUGAUAGACCAGACUGAAGAUUUUAUUUUUUGUGUGCUUUUUAUAAAAAAAAAUUAAUACACUAAAGAAAAUCUUGCUGAUGUGAUUGUAAUGUAUCUAUGUAACUUAUUUACUUUUGAAUGUUCUUCUGUAUCUUUAAACCUUUUAUUAAAUAAGGUUUUAAAAAUUCA